AUGCUGGGCAAUUGGAUGCUCUACCACUGACUGGUUAUGCAAAGGGAGGACUUGGGGGAUUAAUCUUUUCUUGAACCUCUUGAAAGCCAACUCUUUAGUCUUUGUGCUCAUCUCCCCUUCCAAAAUUUUAACUUGCCAAGUAUAUACUGAAAGCGUCAGUGUCUGGAAGAUGGCAGACACAAAACGCAAGAACGGCCCUGGAGCUUCUGAUGCCAAUUCUUCUAAACGGAGAAAGCAAGGCGGCAACGGAGGAAAAUGGCAAACCUCUCAUCAAAAGACCAAGAUUGAUGGCCGUGUGGCAAUUGAGCUAGGUGAUGUGGGAGUCUGGGUGACGUGCGCGAGGAACCAGGAGGCCAAGGCAGCGCGCGAGGUUGAACAGCUUUUCGACGAAUACGUUGAAAAGCUUUACGGCAUAAAGCCUCCGGGAGAAGAUGAUGAUGGAUCGGACAACAACGGUGACAUAGAAGCCUCGAUCCAAAAAGAGUUGACGACGCUCAAGCCGACUCAGGCCCAGGGUUCAGAGCGAGUGUUCACUAUCGUUCGCCAGGCCGUUGACUGUCUCCUUUUUGUCAAGACCAAGACACCCAUUGAACCUGUAGAGUUUGUGCAUCGCAUAUGCCUCGACACCAAGGCAUCGUCGGGCCUUGCUGCGCGACGAUUUCGUUACCUGAACAGGUUUACCCCCAUUACCUUGAUGGGACGGGCUUCCGACAAGGGCUUCGUCGAGGUAUGCCAAAAGGUUCUGCCGCAGCAUUUCCAAAUGAGUGAGGGCUCGCAGGAUGCGAAAGAAGGCGACGCCGCAGCCGAUGACGAGACCAAGGUGCAGAUCCCCGAGGAAGCGAAGAAAAAAGCAAGCGAACAGGCAACACCGCCUGAGUGCACCUACGCCAUUAGGCUGUCAACCCGAAAUCAGUGUCCGCUCAAGCGAGAUGAUGUGAUCAAGGGUAUUGCUUCGCUGGUUGAUGAUCAAAGACACAAAGUCAACCUCACCAAGCCUGACAAGGUCAUAUUGGUGGACAUGUUCCAGAACCUGUAUGGAAUGAGUGUGGUAGAUGGCGACUGGGAUGACCUGAAGCGAUUCAACAUUUCAGAAAUUUACAGUGCCGCUGCAAAGUUAGCGAAGGAGGAUUCUCUCGGGCAUCCCAAUGGGUCAAAAGAGGAUCAGAAAUAAAAGGCAUCGUAAUGCAACAUGGAUCGACCUCUUUCAGCUAAGCAAGGAAAAACUACGACAACGAAACAAAGCACCACAUUAUGACUCGAUCUCGGUGCCAAAAGAAGACUUGCUAGGCGAGAAUUUGAUCCAAAGGGGCCAAGUAAUUUGUUUCCCGGCCUUGGCUGCACCCUGGGAUGCUGGACAGCAUGAAGACAGAAUUGAGCCGCACCUAUCAACCCACUGAUGUUGGUCCAAACCCUCGGCGGGACCUCGGAAGGCUGCCUCUAAACAGUUUAGGUCUUGAUUCUUGAGUUGGAUCUUUCGUGGCUUACAGUCCACCUUCAAGCCCUCCCCGAUAUAUGCAGGGCAUCAGUGAUGGUCAAACUAUUCAGCUCGACCUGUUCCCUCUAGCGGAUUUUGUGGGCCACCCACGCAGAUUCGCUUAUUUUUACCCAAUCUGAAAUUUUCCGAAUCGCUUACCCCUUGGCUUGCGGGCUGGGCUGGACAUGGGCCCCCCGUUCUGCACUAAACGGUUGGGCGGGACUAGUGUCAGAGUUGGGCGAAAGAAGGAAUGAAUGCAUACAGAGCACUUCGAGGUUGCCAUCCAUCAUACCCAAAGCCGCAUACCUACAUACAUGCAAAUGCCACAUAUGUCGCCCAUUUGAUCUAGUAGGUCCUUCUGAUGGACGCAUAUAUACAUGCAUACAUACACAUUCAUCACACGGCGGUCAAAAAGUUGUAUUCGGAACAAACAUUCCGCAGUUCGCCAAUUAGUGUAUAUCUGGAUUGCUCGUCACCGCAAUGACUAUGUCGGGACCGAGGGAUGGCGCGUCGUACAGCAGAUGUGCGUGCCAGGUGACCAGCUUUCAAGAGACUACGGAAUUUCUAGACUACUGCACGGUAGCUGUGCAACCAACAAACUGAGUGCAUUAUUGGGGCACGAGUCCAGGGGUGGCAGACUGUCACCUUGAUGGGAUGACGGCGUUCUGUGGCGGCUUCUGGAACGGACCCUAAGCUUAGGACCAACGAUAAGCGAGUUUCCAUGUCCUCCACCAGCCACCAGAUGUGGCUAUAUCCCGGCUGCUUGGGUGAUGUUCGCUGCAGUCUCGGCUAUGAUCGAUUUCUGAUUCGUCGUCAAUUUGACAUCAUGCACAAGCUAGAUCUUACUCUCUUUGGUUCAUUUUAUUUUUGUUCUUUUUUUUUCUAUUAGUCGUUUGGUUCGAAGUCUUGGCUCGUUCUUGGCUUUGGCCUGAGGCUAUCUCCUCCUUCCUGCUCGCCAUGUCUUUGU